CGUUAAGUGCGCACGUGCUCUGCGCUGUUCGGGGCCGUUUGCCAGUCUGCCCCUGCCGAACUUCUGCCUGCUCUGCGGCCAGUGAACGGGCUCUUUUCGCGCGGCGGUCCCGCUGAGGAAGGAAGCUGCCCCUGCGGAAUGUCAGCCUGGAUUGCGGCGCCCGGAGGCCUUUUUCCUUGGAAGGGAGUAUCGCUGCCCCGAUGAAUGUAUUCAUGCCCCCGUACCUGCUGCUGCAAAAAAGGGUCUUGCAGACCGUGACGUCCUGGUGAAUUUCUAGUAGGAAGGGCCAGGCAUUCAGCAGGGGCAGCGUUUCCCCCCGUAUUCCUAGAAUGGCAGUAGCUUCGCAUGGAGGAACCUGGUUGGUCCUGUUGAGCUGCCUUGGCUGUGCCUUUCUGGAGGCUUUUUCUGCGUGGAGGGGACCUUGAUGGGAUGGCACUGCCUGCCAGAAGUCGUUCCUAACGUUGUUGUGGCAGGGCUAUCCCUGUUGGAUCCUGGCCUGUAAGUGGAACGGAGGUACCAUUAGGAAAGCUUGUUUGAGGAUCGAGGCAGGGUCUUAAGAGAUUAUGUUAAAGAGCAUGUAAAUGAUUAUAACACAAGUCUGAUUGGAAGAAAAAGCAUUGAACUCUUUUACAAACUGAUUGUAUUGUAUUAAAGUUUGCUAUUUCUGGAAUUAUGUUUUUUUUCUUCUGUGUUAACUGAUAAGGUCUACAAAAUGUUUCAAAAAGAUAUAAAGAGGAAGAGAACAACAGGAGCGUGUGUGAAAGGACCGUGUAUGUGUUCCAACAUUUGUCGGAUUGUUUUUUUUUAUCUUUUCACCCAGAUUCUGUGCCUCUAGGAGCAGGCUAAAGGGCAGGAAUUAAUCAGCCUUCCGGAGCCAUGGACCGCAUGAAGACGGUGGUGGAGCGGGCCAGGGCCGCCUUCCACACGGGCAAGACGCUCCCCGUGGAGUUCCGGGUCCAGCAGCUGCUGGCCCUGAAGCGGAUGGUGCAGGAGAAGGAGAAGGCCAUCGCGGCCGCGCUCGAGGCCGACCUCCACAAGAACAAGUUCAACGCCUUUAGCUACGAGAUCAUGAUCGUGCUGAGCGAGAUCAACCUGGCGGUAGAGAAGCUGCCCCAGUGGGCCGCCCCCCGCCACGUGGAGAAGACCAUCAUGACACUGGGGGACGAGACCUACAUCCGCUCGGAGCCCCUCGGCGUGGUGCUGAUCGUCGGCGCGUGGAACUACCCGUUCGUCCUUGUCAUGCAGCCUUUGAUCGGCGCCAUCGCAGCCGGGAACGCCGUUGUAAUGAAGCCGUCGGAGAUCAGCGAACACACGGCUAAGCUCUUGGAAGAACUUUUGCCUCAGUAUCUUGACAAGGAGCUUUACCCCGUUGUCAAUGGAGGGGUGCCGGAGAUGACGGAGCUCCUGAAAGAACGGUUCGACCACAUCCUCUACACCGGCAGCAGCCACGUGGGCAAAAUCAUCAUGAGCGCAGCUGCCCGGCAUCUGACGCCGGUCACACUCGAGCUGGGGGGGAAAUCUCCCUGCUAUGUACACACAGACUGUGACCUGGACGUGGCUUGCAGGCGGAUCACGUGGGGCAAAUUUGUCAACUGUGGGCAGACCUGCAUUGCCCCCGACUACAUUCUGUGUGACCCAUCCAUCAAAGACAAAAUAGUGGAGUCGAUCAAGAAGUCACUCAAGGAUUUUUAUGGCGAAGACAUCAAAAACUCCCCAGACUAUGAACGGAUUGUGAACCCGCGGCAUUUUAAGCGGAUCAUGGGCCUGUUAGAAGGUCAAAAGGUCGCUCACGGAGGAGAAGCGGACGAACAGACAUGUUUUAUUGCACCCACAGUCCUGGCAGAUGUCAGCCCGGACUCCAGAGUUAUGCAGGAGGAGAUCUUCGGCCCAGUCCUUCCCAUCGUCACCGUGAAGGGCUUGGACAGCGCCAUCCAGUUCAUCAACCAGCGGGAGAAGCCCCUUGCCCUGUAUGUCUUCUCCAAGGACAAGAAGGUAAUCAAAAAAAUGAUAGCGGAGACUUCCAGUGGUGGUGUGACCGCCAACGACGUCCUUAUGCACUACUCGGUGCCAGCGUUGCCGUUUGGAGGGGUCGGUAACAGCGGGAUGGGGGCCUACCACGGCUGGUACAGCUUCCGGACCUUCUCCCACCAGCGCUCCUGCCUCAUCAGGGGCCUCAAGAUGGAGGCCAUGAACAGCAUCCGCUACCCCCCCAACAGCCAGCGGAAGGUGGACUGGGCCAAGUUCUUCGUCCUGAAGCGGUUCAGCAAGCGUGCGUUCGGGAUCAUCGCGGUCGCCGUCCUGGGAAUCCUGGUGGCCGUGGCGAUCAAGGGCUGCUCAGCAGUGGGAAGGGCUUCAUUCCUUGGCAGCCCAGGGAAAGCGGAGCCUUAGCUAAGAGCCAGUGAGACCCACAUCAAAAGCCACGCGUUAUUCGGGGCAGGUCAUUUUCUUCUGAAGGCAGAGGUCUCGAGAUGCCGUGAUGCAACGUGGUUUUAUUCCGGAGAGAGGCGGGUGCUGUUUCUUGCAUACAUUUCCCAGAGUUUUACGAUUGAUUAACAAUUCAGUGCACGAAAAGCAGAUCGCCACCAGCUCUGCGCAGGCAGGAGAUGGGAAUCUGCGAUUCUCUCUUCUGCUGAAAAGUACGGGGUGGCAGCGGUGGUGCUUUUGAUAGGAGCGGUCCUUCCCAGCCCCCUGGAAAGGGCGUGAUUUGAAACUGAGAAAUUGGCAAGCACUGUUCUGGCUGCAGCUCCGUAAGGCUAUUUCUCUGCUCCGGUAAUUUUUUUUUUAAAUGUGGUUACUGCACCCCAUGGGAAUAGCUGCUCCUAAUCAAACACCUAAAGAUUUUUCUUGGGAGUCUUCAUAUAUAUAAAAAAGGUUUCAAAGAAAUCCCCCAAUCUUACAAAGUUUUUACCAGCAAAACAUUCCUCAACCUGACACCUUUUUGAUAUGUUGGACUACAGCUCCCAUUGGUCCCAGCCAGUGGGGCCGUAGGUAAGGGUUGCCGUCUUUUGUUUUUAAGCGCUGCUGAGCUGUUAAAAUUUGCAACCUCCCCCAUCUCCAGGAAAGUAUUUCCAGCUUUAAAAAAGCAAGUUCUACGCCCGUGUUUAAGGCAUUCAAUGAACUCAUUCCAGCUGACUUUGCUCAUGGUUCUGUGCUGGGCACCUGCCUGUCCGGUUGUUUGUCAAGGCGUGAAUACGCUUAGACACGCCUUCGGUUCAUGUGCUCUCCCACAGCCCCCUCCCCUCCUCUGGUGCAGCCCCAAGACCCUUCCUCACGUGGCUUUUCUGGAACACUAACUCCAGUUAAUCUUAACUGUGUUCUUGUUUGAAACAAACCAGCUUCAAACCAUGGAUUGUUUCCCAGCCUAUGAGCACUAUCAAGUGCAGUGCCAGAAGGUUUGGCCUACAACCCCCAUCGGCCCCGGCCAGCAAGGCCGGUGUUGAUGGACCGUGGGAGCUGCUGGAUGUUUUAGCCUCCAAGCUGCCAAUUCCUUGGUUUAACAUUCUGUCGAAAUGGAACCUUCAUUUCUGGUUAAUUUGGUCCUCUUUUUUAAGGCACUUCUGCUCUUAGCCAUUUUUCCUUUUAAAAAUGCCGUCAGAUACUUUUCCAGAUAAAAUCAUUUAGACAUGAAGAAUUAAAAACUGACGUAAAAGUAGAAUUAUAACUAACAGAUUUUAUAUUGAAUGGUCACUUUCAGAGAACUAAAUAUGAAUAUAUUGUAUUGGAAAUAAACAUUUAUUAAUCCAAGAA